AACUCAAGCACACUCAAACACAGUGAGAACACGUUCGCUUGUUCAAACGGAAAAAUUCAGAUGCACCCAUCCUGCUCUGGUAGACCAUUGGUAACACGUUCGCCUCGCGUACCGGAUGUUCGGAGUUCAAACCCCGACACGGCCAUUGUAUAUGUGUUUCUGGUUAUCUAUAAUAGCAGCAAACCUCAAUUUCAGUGGCUCCUCUCUUUGAACUCAAGCACACUCAAACACAGUGAGAACACGUUCGCUUGUUCAAACGGAAAAAUUCAGAUGCACCCAUCCUGCUCUGGUAGACCAUUGGUAACACGUUCGCCUCGCGUACCGGAUGUUCGGAGUUCAAACCCCGACACGGCCAUUGUAUAUGUGUUUCUGGUUAUCUAUAAUAGCAGCAAACCUCAAUUUCAGUGGCUCCUCUCUUUGGUGUCGCCUCGCGGGAUGUUCGGAGUUCAAACCCCGACACGGCCAUUAUGUCCGGAGUUCAUAUCCCGGCACGGCUAUUGGAUAUGCACUGCUGAUGAGCUC